AUGGAUAAUCUGAUAGGUCUCGUGAAUCGGCUUCAGCAGGCGUGCACGGUGUUAGGAGACUAUGGCGUGUCGAGCGCCGAAGACGCGCUUCCGACGCUAUGGGAGCAGCUUCCGUCGGUGGCUGUGGUGGGAGGUCAGAGUUCGGGCAAAUCGUCGGUGCUAGAGAGCAUUGUGGGGAAGGAUUUCCUUCCUCGAGGAUCAGGCAUCGUUACCCGGCGGCCACUGGUGCUGCAGCUGCACAAGGUGGACUCAGCAGCCGAAUACGCGGAGUUCCUGCACCACCCGGGCAAGAAGUACACUGACUGGGCUGCUGUGAGAAAGGAGGUUGCAGAUGAGACAGAUCGAAUUACUGGCAAGACCAAGAUGAUCUCGCCUGUCCCCAUCCACCUCAGCAUCUACUCACCCAAUGUGGUGAAUCUGACUCUGGUGGAUCUGCCCGGACUCACAAAGAUUGCUGUGGAGGGCCAGUCGGAGACCAUUGUGAGGGACAUUGAGGAGAUGGUUCGGCAGUACGUGGAGAAGCCCAACUGCAUCAUCCUGGCAGUGUCCCCCGCCAAUCAAGACAUUGCCACCUCCGAUGCCAUGCGCAUGGCCAGAGAGGUCGACCCUGAGGGCGAGAGGACAUGGGGUGUGCUCACAAAGCUCGACCUGAUGGACAAGGGCACCAACGCUCUUGAUGUGCUAGAGGGGCGCUCGUACAAGCUCAAGUACCCGUGGGUGGGCGUGGUGAACCGCUCUCAGGCCGACAUCAACCGCAACGUGGACAUGCUGGCAUCCCGGCGCAAGGAGAGGGAGUACUUUCAAACGUCUGCCGACUAUUCCCACUUGGCCAACCGCAUGGGCACUGAGUAUCUGGCCAAGAUGCUGUCCAAGCAUCUGGAGCAAGUCAUUCGCUCCAAGAUCCCGGGCAUCCAGUCGCUCAUCAACAACAACAUUGACGACCUUGAGAAGGAGAUGAACGCACUGGGCCGGCCCAUUGGGGGCGAAGCGGGGGCCCAGCUAUACACGGUGCUGGAGAUGUGCCGAGCGUUUGACAAGAUAUUCAAGGAGCACCUGGAUGGCGGUCGGCCAGGGGGUGAUCGGAUCAAUGCUGUGUUUGAAACGAAGCUGCCAGCGGCACUCAACAAGCUCCCCUUCGACAAGCACCUCUCCAUCCAGAAUGUGAGGCGGAUUGUGGCGGAGGCAGACGGGUACCAGCCGCAUCUGAUCGCCCCUGAGGGUGGUUACCCCCUCGAUAAACUCUCCCCUGCCAAUCCAUACCCCUGUCCCACUCACACUCCUCCCUCUCCCCAACCCCUUCCCUCACCCCAACCACCGGCAGAUGUGAGGCGGAUUGUGGCGGAGGCAGACGGGUACCAGCCGCAUCUGAUCGCCCCAGAGGGCGGUUACCGGCGGCUGAUAGAGAGCGCGCUGCUCAUGCGGAUUGUGGCGGAGGCAGACGGGUACCAGCCGCAUCUGAUCGCCCCAGAGGGCGGGUACCGCCGCCUAAUAGAGAGCGCGCUGCUCAUGUUCAAGGGGCCGGCCGAAGCAGUGGUGGACAAGGUGCAUUUCAUUCUCAGGGACCUCGUUCGCAUCUCCGUAGGGGAAACCACCGAGCUGCUCCGGUUUCCUUCGCUCCAGGCUGAGCUCUCUGCUGCUGCCACUCAGUCGCUGGAAAGUUUUCGGGAGAACAGCCGGAAGCUGACCGUGCGAUUGGUGGAGAUGGAGACGAGUUAUCUGACCGUGGAGUUUUUUCGGCGGCUGCCCGGGCUGGAGAAUUUGGAGGACGGGAUGGAAGGGAAGGAGGGGAAGGAUGGGAAGAAGGGGGGUGGGAGUGGCGGGAGUAGCAAGCUCAAGGCGUUGAAGGGCAGUGGGGAUAAGCUGCCUACCGGGGCGGAUCGAUACCAGGAAAUGCACUUCAGGAGAAUCGGCUCCAACGUGUCAACCUACGUGGGCAUGGUCAUGGAGUGCUUGCAGAAUUCCAUCCCCAAAGCGGUGGUGCACAGCCAGGUCCGGGAAGCCAAGCGGCGGCUGCUGGAUCGGUUCUAUGCAAUGGUGGGCAGGGAGGAUGGAAAGGCGCUGGCGAAGCUGCUGGAUGAGGAUCCGGACGUGAUGGCUCGGAGGCAGGCCGCGUGGAAGAGGCUGGAGCUGCUGCGCAAGGCGCGGAAUGAGAUUGAUAGUGUUGGAUGGGCCCGAGUGUGA